UAUACUGGACAAAUUCUUUCCUGUAUAACAGGAGGCAAAGAGAAUGGGACAUGGUAAUCUAGCUAUGACUCAAACUGCCGAUUGAAUAACUGACAAGGAGAAACAGAAACUCAGGAAACGACUUGUGGAGAAAAUGAGGAGGGACCGUAUCAAUGGCAGCAUUGAGACACUGAGGUACAUACUGAGAAGGAUGUUUCCAGACCAGAAUUCCAGCUCCAAAGUAGAAAAAGCUGAUAUCCUUGAAAUGACUGUGAGCUUCCUGAAACAGAAGGAGCAGGUGCAGAACAAAGCCAGAACAUCCUUACAGAACAGCUCCCUGCUGGCUUACAAGGAAGGCUAUUCCAGGUGUUUACAGGAAACACUCAGCUUCUUCUCACUCCAUGAAAGUAGAAAAGAACUUCAAAUGAAAGUGUGGGAUCAUCUGCAACAAGUAACAGUCACUGGGGACAUUAGACCCCCUGAAUCACCAGUGACACCAUCUCCAUGUCAACUUUUCCCCCAGCAGACCACCAUGAACACAGUUCCACUUAUUUGUAGACCAUGGCUAAUAUAAAAAGACUCUAUAUUUGUGAGUUCUAAAAUCAGGGGAAGAUAUGCCUUUGUAAAUGUUCUGUCAGCCUCUCUCAGUAGGAAAUCCUGAUUUCCAUGAAAGUUUCACUUACAAAGUGACUUUACAUCAUUUCCUUCACAUUGAAGGCUGAACCUAAUUCACCAAGUGGUGUUAAGUGCUACUUUGGGACAUUCAAUGUUUUAUUAUAGUAAUAUGUACAGUGUAUGUACAGAAAGUGUAUCUUCUAUAGUGAAGAUACUUGUUACCAGUGUAGUUACUUCUGUAACUGACAACCAAAUGUAGGAGUUAAACUCCCAGGAUAAGUACUGAAACAUAUUGUUUAAAUGUAAACUCCAAGAUAUUUACUGAAACAUAUUGUUUAAAUGUAAACUCCAAGAUAUUUACUGAAACAUAUUGUUUAAAUGUGUAUCUGUGGAUUACAAGCUGAAUGGGUUCCUUUAGAAUGGAGCUCUGUGAAUGUAGAAAUAAAUUAAACAUCCUUCAUGCUGAAGUAUCUUUUAGUGAACGCAUGCUUCACAGAUUGCAGCCAUUCUCCUUCAUAAUGAAGCACUGUAUUCAAUUGUUUGACUUUUAUAAAGUUAUUAACUAGGUAUGGGAGAUAAAUAUAUUUUCAUAUGUAUAUGUCUGCAUACAUUAAGGUGGCCACGAUGGUGCAGCAAGAGGUUCUCUGGUUCGAUUCUCGGAUAGGGUGCCUUCUUUGAGGAGUUUGCAUGUCCUCCCUGUGGUUGCGUGGGUU